AAAAAGUGCGACCAAACCGCAAGACAAUAUUGGCUUUCCUGAUAUCGGUUACAACUUUUUUCCUCCGUCCGCCCAAAGUGCCAAAGUGGUAAAGAUGCUUUCUCUACGGUCAUCGUCUCUCUUCCCAAUCACUCGUAAUUUUAAACUCAAAACCCCCAAUUUAUUGUCACCAUCGUCAUGUUUCUCUUGUGUUUCACCCCCUGUUGAACCGGAACCACCAAUGUGGUGUGGUCUUGAAACAUGGAGACACAAAUGUAUCAACCACAACCGCUUAUGGGGAUCUUCUGGUCCCCAAACCUACCCAGAUGAUGAUGAUUAUGACUCACAAUUGAAUUCAGUUAGUAGUUUAGCUGAAAUGGGGUGUAUGGUUUUGUCCACUUCUGACCCUCUAACUAAAUCAAAGCUUUCUCAUUUUGCAUACUGUAAGUGGCGGGCCAAUCAACUCCCAAUUCGGGGGCUUCAGGUUUCGCAACCACCGCUCACACCUGCUCGACCUUCCAAACCCCUUUUGGUGUCUCAUAAGGAAAUUCCAGCUCCAAAGAACUCCGGCUUGCCUCUUAAUGCCUAUAUGCUACACAAUCUUGCUCAUGUGGAGCUCAACGCCAUUGAUUUGGCGUGGGAUACUAUUGUUCGGUUUUCACCAUAUAGCGAGCUUCUUGGAGAUAUGUUUUUUGCUGAUUUUGCCCGUGUGGCUGAUGACGAGAGUCGCCAUUUUGCUUGGUGUUCUCAGAGGUUAGCGGAACUUGGAUUCAGUUAUGGAGACAUGCCUGCCCAUAAUCUACUAUGGCGUGAGUGCGAGAAAUCUUCAGAUGACAUUGCUGCUCGUCUGGCUGUGAUACCACUAGUUCAGGAGGCUAGAGGACUUGAUGCUGGGCCUAGACUUGUGAAAAAGCUUAUUGGAUUUGGAGAUCUUAGAACAUCAAAUAUUGUUGCUAAGAUUGCUGAAGAAGAGGUGGCACAUGUAGCAGUUGGUGUGUACUGGUUUGUAGAAGUCUGUCGACAAAUGCGCUUGGCCCCAUGUUCUGCAUUUAAAGACAUACUAAAAGAUUACAAUGUGGAGGUGAAAGGACCUUUUAAUUACACUGCUCGGGAAGAGGCUGGACUACCGCGUGACUGGUAUGACCCGUUAAUAGAAAGCAACGAAGAUAAGGUGCAACUUACUAAGGUUUACAAUAGGCUGGCUCAUAUAAUAUCCAUGGAGAAAGAGAACUCAAAUUUAAACAGGGAAGAGUGAUUGUUAGAUUAACUUCUAAGUUGUAACAUGUGUAUAAGAGUCCAAUAAUACACGGCGAUAGAAUGGUGAUGGUUAUAGUUAUAGUGUGUAUACUUGUGCGUUUUGAUUUAGGAAUCGAUUGUUUGUGAUUUCAAAGUUUACUUAGGGUUUCUGAUUUAUGAACGAUGUAUAGACAAUAGUAAUUGGUUAUGUUUUGGGUAAUGAAAGCGAUUAUCUUCAAGGUAAA